AUGACGACGAUCCAGGCCCGGCUGCGCGCCUUUACACUCUGUGUCCUCGUGCUGCUGCCGCUGCUGUUGGGCGCUGUGGUCGAGGCGUCUGUGGGGGAUAGGCUGCCUGAGUUCAAGGAAUGUGUCGAGGUCUGCGAGCGGGAGAACUGUAGUCCUGGGAAAUCGCAAACACCCAUACCCCUCCACCACCGCCUCCUCCUCUGGGACUGCCCCUCCGAGUGCGACCACACCUGCCAGACCAUCAUCACAUCCCAGCGCAUCGCGGCCUCGCAGCCCGUGGUCCAGUUCCACGGCAAGUGGCCCUUCACCCGCGUCCUGGGCGUGCAGGAGCCGCUCUCGGUGCUCUUCUCGGCGGCCAACCUGUGGGCCCACCUCGACGGCCUCCACAAGAUUCGCGCCGCCGUGCCGGCCUCGUACACCCUGCGACCCUACUACGUCGGCCUCGCCCGCGUCGGCAUCGCGAGCUGGCUCCUCAGCUGCCUGUUCCACACCCGCGACCUCCCGCUGACCGAGUCCCUCGACUACCUCGGCGCCGGCGCCAGCGUCCUCUACGGCCUGUACUACACCACCAUCCACCACUUCCGCCUCGACCGCCGCCGCCGCCCCGCCUCGUCCCUGCUGCACGCCUGGACCCUCCUCUGCGCGGCCGCCUACCUCGCCCACGCCGCCUACCUCCUGCUCUGGCGCUGGGACUACACCUACAACAUGGCCGCCAACGUCGCCUGCGGCCUCGUGUCCAACGCCCUGUGGACGCGCUACAGCUGGGUCAAAUACAGGAGCUCCCGCCGCAGCUGGGCCACGUGGCCCGGCCUGUGCGUGGCCUGGGUCGUCCUGGCCAUGAGCCUGGAGCUGUUUGAUUUUCCGCCCGUUCUUGGUGGGAGCGUCGAUGCGCACUGCUUGUGGCACCUGGGCACUGUGGGACCUACCGUUUUGCUGUACAAUUUCCUGGUCAAGGACGCGCAGGACGACAUGGCCGGGAGCAUCGAGCGGUUCAAGGCAUAA